CACACAAAGCUAGAAGGUGUUUCAGAACAUCAACCUGGAAAAGAACAACCUCCAAUCAAAUGUAUCAAGAGUGAAGUCAUGCCUAAUAUUAACUCCAAAGCACAACCAACAACUGAACUCACACAGACAACACAAAGCCAAAGCAACACACAAACACCCUGA